UGUUUAUACACUUCUUCUUUUAAAAUGGCCAUUCACAAGUGUCUUACUUGCAUCAUUGCGAAUAGCAAAUUGAAAAAAUAUACAAUCGUCGAAUUCCGUGAUCACACAAUUGUUCCGUGAACAUUUUUGUUGAGAAAAAAUGGAUAUUUGCGGAAAUGUUUUGGUUUCAAAAGAUGUGCUUAAUUUUGCAUUGAAAUGUUUAUACUGUGAAACAGAUAUCGAAGAAUGGGAUGCCUUCGUUAGUCAUAUACAGAGUUUGCACAACACUAACUACGAAGAGCCUUGCAUUGAUCCGCUUGUGGAUUUGGAUUACAAGGAGCACAUUGUUGUCGGGUUAAUAAAAGAUGAAACAAUGGCACCGCAUGCAUUAACAGAAUUUCUUGACAAUGAUGCUGAUGUUAAAAUGGAAGUUGAUUUCGGUGAUGAACUAAUGAAGGCUGAGCCAGGAGAUAAUGAUGAUACAAGUUCAGACGCUGAUCAAAGCCAAAACAAUGAUACAGCUGAAUUCAGUCCAGGCUCAGAAUCGUCCGAAGAAGAUGAUGAAGAUAAAAAAGAAAUUAUACGUAACAAAAAAUUUAAUCCAACAUUUUAUAGACGAAACACUAGCACAUCGGUUUUUAUUGAGCUUUACAAAAAAGCUACAUGUUUAUGGAAUCCCGACGAUGAGCAUUAUAAGAAUAGUGCAGCACGAGCAAACUGUCAAACGGAAAUAAUAGACGAAAUGAAGAAACGCUUCCAGAUUACCUUAAGUAAUCAAACUUUGCGAAGUUGCUUCCGAAAGUUGUACUUGCAAUAUCAAGCCACUCAUCAAGCAAAGCAGAAAAAACCAAAAUCCAAGCCGAAAAAAUUACCAACUGUUGUGUUGGAUUAUUUUGAGAAAUGUUCCUUUUUAUCUGUUGCGAAGGAUGAAUUUGCCACCAUUGUAUUAGAUACGCCACCCAAUACAAACACAAACAUAAGUUUUGCCAAACUCAAUCCUACAACAGAGGCUUUUAUUGAAGCAUAUGGCGGCUUUCCAGCGCUAUACGACCCCAAACAUGACGAUUACAACAACUCCGCUGUCCGUAAGCAAAUGUAUAAAGAAAUGUCUAAUAUUAUCAAAACUAAGCAAAAUGUGGAGCUCACCGAAGAUGAAAUUUACAAAGGCAUCUAUUACUUGCGUCAUUGGUAUUUCAAGCUAAAGAGUCGGCUUGAAAAGGAUUUAGACGAAAAAGAUUUAUCGAGUGCUGCAAAGAUUUAUCUAAAAAAGUGUGACUUCCUCCCAGAUAGACCACCUAAUUUAAAAUUAAAGUGCACAGAAUGUGAUAAAGUUUUCCAUAACGUGACCACAAGACAGAGUCAUCUCUUCAAGGAGCAUAACAUUGGCGAUUGGCCCCACAAAUGUACUGAAUGUGGACGAACCUUUGAGUUCAAAGCUACAUUAUUAAUGCACGAGCAACGUAGCCAUGUGGGAAAAGUGCAUAAAUGCGAUUAUUGUGAAAGACGAUUUGCUGUGCUAGUGGAUUUACAACGGCACAUUGAUUCGCACACUGGAAAAAAGCCUUUCGUAUGUGAGUUAUGUGGUAAAGCAUUUCGCAGUAAAACCCAAUUGGGCUAUCACUCAGAUGCAAUACAUACGAAAACACGAGCUUAUAAAUGUACGAUGUGCCCCAAAGAUUUCUUAAAAAAGCGCGAUUUGAAAGAUCACAUAAAGGCUCAUCUUAAUAUACGCGAUAAAAUAUGUGAAACCUGUGGCAAAGGUUUUACAAACUGCCAUUCACUUAUACGACAUAGACAAAUACAUUCCGAAAUUAAGAAAUUCGCUUGUAAACUAUGUGAAGCGAAGUUCCACCAAUUUGUAGGCUUAAAUUCACACAUGAAGCGGACGCAUGGCAUUGUCAAGAGUCAACAAAAGUCUUAAACUUAAAAGUCGUUUUUUGAAUGUUAAUUGAUUUUUUAUCACAUCCUAGGCGGGUGUAUGUCGAAUUUUUAAACACCGAUAUACGAUGUACAGAAUAUCCUUUUUUCCCUGCAGUAAACCUUUUAGUGUGGUCAAUAAUGAUAUUGUUCAAAUAAGGUAGAUCGGAAUAUGCGCUCUCUGGGAAGACAAUAUCUGUUAUUAUUGUACCAUGAUCAACGUCAUGAUAAGAAAAUCCUUUUCAAUUAGAAGUAGUGCAGAAAUUAUUCUUUGGCAUGAAUUAUUGUUCUCUUUCUAAUGCUUAAGAAGUCGCGAUUGAAAUUGGGAAAUUUACAUUUAUGUUUCUUAUAGGCGAAGCGAUUAUUUGCUUAAAUUUUUAGAUACUUGCGUUUGAUAGUAAAUUCGAGCAGGGGCAACGAUAUACAAACAAAAAAUCAAUAAAUAUGUAUGUAUUUAAAGGGAGUAUUUUUAAUCAGCUAAGCUAUUACCUAAAGGUGAAUAGCAAAAAUAAAUAUCUCAACUACAGAUUAAUCAAUUGCAUGAAUACAUUAUAAUUCUAAGGUCAGUAAAUUUUAAGUUCGUAUUGUGUGUUUCAAUAAAUAAAAAACUGCUACUGAGA